GUCGCCCUGCGCCUGGCCAACUGCUGCCUGGUGCGCACCAGCUUCGUGCCCGACGAGCACUGGCAGAGCCUGGAGGUCGCGCACCGCCUGGCCUUCGGUUAUGGGCACCUGACCUGGGAGUGGACGGCAGGACUGAGGGGUUACACGUACCCCUUGAUCUUUGCAAGCAUUUACAAGACUCUGCACCUGCUGGGGAGGGACAGCGUCCAGCUGCUGGUCUGGACACCCAGACUGGCCCAGGCUCUGCUGUCGGCUGUGGCGGACGUGAAGCUUUACUCGCUGACCAAGCGGUUGGAGACCCAGGAGGUGGCCAGAUGGGUGUUCCUUUGCCAGCUGUGCUCUUGGUUUACAUGGUAUUGCUGUACCCGGACCCUCACGAACACCACGGAGACCCUCCUUACUACCAUUGCUCUUUCCUACUACCCUCUGGAAGGCUCCAAGUCCACAAACAGCAUGAAGUACGCCUCCCUGGUGGCCCUGGCCUGCCUCGUCCGCCCCACAGCCAUCAUCCCGUGGGUCCCGCUGUUCUUCAGACACGUGUGGCAGGAGCCUGCGAAGCACCGCCUCAUUCUGCAUUGCUUUUUCCCUGUUGGGUUUGUAACACUGAGUCUGUCUCUGGUAAUUGAUCGUAUUUUUUUUGGCCAAUGGACACUGGUGCAGCUCAACUUCCUGAGGUUCAACGUGCUGCAGGGCGUGGGCAGCUUCUACGGCUCCCACCCGUGGCACUGGUACCUCAGCCAGGGGCUCCCGGCUGUCCUGGGCCCCCACCUGCCCUUCUUCCUCCACGGCUGUGUGCGAGCCCCACAGCGCUGCAGGAAACUGCUGGUGCCCGUGCUGUGGACGCUGCUGGUGUACAGCAUGUUGGACCACAAAGAAUUCAGGUUUAUCUAUCCAGUCUUACCAUUCUGUAUGGUGUUCUGUGGGCACUCACUUUCCCACCUGAGGACUUGGAGGAAGCCAGCUCUCUGCUUCCUGCUUCUGUCCAGUGCACUCCUGGCCCUUUACACGGGCUUGGUUCACCAGCGGGGUGCCCUGGACGUCAUGGGCCACGUGCAGGAGGUCGGCUGCAGAAGUGCCAACCUGUCUUCAGCCUCAGUGUUCAUGAUGAUGCCGUGCCACUCAACACCAUUCUACAGCCACGUCCACUGCCCACUCCCCAUGCGGUUCCUCCAGUGUCCCCCAGACCUGAAUGGGCAGAGCGGCUACCUUGAUGAAGCAGACACGUUCUACCUCGACCCUGCGCGCUGGCUCCAGAGGGAGUUUCCCAACGCCGCCUUGCUGCCUGCUCGUGUGAUCAUCUUCAGCGUUUUGGAGGAGGAAAUCCGCGCUUUCCUAACCUCGGGGAAUUACGAGAGAACUGCUGUUUUCUUCCACACUCACUUCCCCGAGGGCAGAACUGGAAGCCACAUCUAUGUCUAUGAGCGAGGCCCGCCAGGCACUGAGGGCUGAGGACAGGGUGAGGCUCGGCAGCACAGAGGUCCCGCUAGCCUUGAACCACAGAAAGACACACGGACAUGCCCACAUCCCAGUAAAGACCUGGUCGUCAUCAUGGCGUCGUUUUAUUGUUUCUUCUGGAAUCAGAUGUGCAAGGGGCUCACAAGAGAACAAGUCAGCAAGCUCUGCGGGCGGCAAACUCUUCACAAGUCAGCGGGCUCUUGAACCCACA